CCAUCAUCACCGCCGUCUACUCGCUCGUCUUCGUGGUGGGAUUGCUGGGCAACUGCCUGGUCAUGUAUGUCAUCGUCAGGUACACCAAGAUGAAGACGGCCACCAACAUCUACAUCUUUAAUCUGGCCCUGGCCGACGCUCUGGUCACCACCGCCAUGCCCUUCCAGAGCACCGACUACCUACUCAACACGUGGCCGUUCGGCCAGGUGGUGUGCAAGGUCUUCAUCGCCAUCGACUACUACAACAUGUUCACCAGUAUCUUCACGCUCACUAUGAUGAGCGUGGACCGCUACGUGGCCGUGUGCCACCCGGUCAAGGCCCUCGACUUCCGGACGCCCGUCAAGGCCAAGGUGAUCAACGUGUGCAUCUGGAUCCUGUCCUCGGCCGCCGGCAUUCCCGCUUUUGUCCUGGGCGGAACGCAGACAAACCUCGGCAUCACGGAGUGCGCCUUACAGUUCCCCGAGCCAUACGUGUACUGGGACACCCUGAUGAAGAUGUGCGUGUUCGUGGUCGCCUUUGUGGUUCCGGUUCUGAUCAUCACUGUGUGCUACUCCCUGAUGCUCCUCCGUCUCAAGAGCGUCCGCAUGCUGUCUGGCUCGCGGGUGAAGGACCGAAACUUGCGCCGCAUCACCCGCCUGGUGGUGGUGGUGGUGGCCGUCUUCGUGGUGUGCUGGACCCCCAUCCACAUCUUCAUCCUGGUCAAGGCGCUGGCCAUCGUGCCCGAGACCACUGCCAUCAUGGCCGCCUACUUCUUCUGUGUGGCUCUAGGCUACACCAACAGCAGCCUCAACCCCAUCCUCUACGCCUUCCUGGACGAAAACUUCAAGCGCUGUUUCAAGGAUUUCUGCGUCUCAGCCAGGCUGAGACGGGAGAAGGCGUCCGGGAGCAGGAAGGCAGCCUUGGAGGCCGUGCGGGAGGCUGCCGUGCCGCUGCGGAACCCGGAUGAAAACAGUAAGCCCACAUGACUAGCGGUGGAACUGUCUUCUGUUUCCCACGGUGGAAAAGAAGACUCGCGGAACUUAGGGCUCACCCACGUCACUACCGCAAUGUAGACUGUCAUGGUGACCUGGUGGACAUUGGUUUAAGGUGUGGAGUUAGCAGGGACUCGGAUGAUUUGGUUCACUGACACGAGUUGGCGGACUCACCGCCAACUCGUGUCAGUGUGUCCGCUAGCUCCACUCAGUGAACCUAAUCAUCGGAUUCACCGGAAAGAGCGUGGAUUCAGAUUUGAGUGAGCUGGGACUCAUAUGAUUUGCUUCACUGAUUGAAACCAAGAGACUCACAGGGAAAAAAGGUAACUCAGAUGUUUUGGUUAGUGAUAUUGAAUUAGCAGAAUCACAAGAAAUGCGCACACUCUCGGCCGCCGACUUCUUCUACAUGGCUCUGGGCUACUACACCAACAGUAGCCUCGACCCUGUCCUGUGCGAGAAUUUCAAGAACCGUUUCAAGGACUUCAGCCUCUCGGCGAGGCUGAGGCUGAAAGAGGAGAAGGUGUCCGGGAGCAGGAAGGCGGUGCUGCAGGCCGUGCCUCUGCGGAAAGCUCACGACUAGCGGUGGAGAAUUCCUCGUUUCCUACAGCGGAAAAGAAGAAUCCAGAGACUUGGGCUGCACUUACAUCCAAUAUCAUCAUCGCUGGUGAAGAGGCGGACAUUGGUUGGCGAUGCGCCAACAUUUAACGGUUUUCGCGGAUUAGGUCUUUUCAAGACUGAAAGCUUCGGCCGAUCCCAUUUGUCAAGGGCUACAAGAAAUUGAAAUUCCGGUGGGGUCCGCAGUUUUACGAAUUGCACAAAUGCCACUUCAUUCUUGUCAUAUUACGCCUUUAUUCUCUCCCAAAAUAUGAUGAUAUUCUUGACAAAAUAUCCCUUAUGCUCUCGAAAACCCCAACUUAAUUCGUGAAGGGAUGUCAAGUCAUUUGUGUGAUAUGUCACAGUCAUUCCAGCUUUUAACUGGUAAACGUUUUUUGGCGCAUCGAUCUCCAUAUGUAGGUACAGUAUGUACUUUUUAUUGCUAAUUAUUUUGUGGACCCCU